CUUAUCGUUUCUUUGUAUGAUGAUGGAUAUCACUUCAAACGAGCUUCUUAGAAGAAAUGCUGUUUCUGAGGCUUUAAUGAAAGGGACUUCUUGUGACGGUGGUACAACAUUUUCUUCUGCUUCUGCUGAAAACAUUCUCUCCCCUGGGUUGAGUUUUUCUGUGAGUGUUGGCGAGAAGAGAAAGAGGAACGAGCAUGUUGAAAGUUGCAAUUCUGGAAAUCGCGGUGUUGUGAAUAAUAAUAACACUGGAAGAGGGUCAGAUGAUAAAGGAGAUGGAGAAAGGAGAGAAGAGUCUGUAGAACCAAAGACUUCUGAAUGUUCUGGUCUGAAGUUUAACGACUUUGAGAAGCUGAGGGAAGAAGUAAACUUUGCGGUUGGGCAGACCUGGGCUCUCUAUGAUAAAGUGGAUGGAAUGCCUAGAUUGUAUGCCCAGAUCAGAAAAGUUUCAGCUCCUUCCUUUGGACUUAGGAUCACGUACUUAGAGCCAGAUCCAGAUGAUGAGAAAGAGAUCCAAUGGUUUGAAGAAGACUUGCCUGUUUCUGCUGGUAAGUUCAGGCUUGGGAGAAAUCAGAACACGAAAGAUCGCUCCAUCUUCUCUCAUCUUAUCCAAUGCAACGUAGGAACCAACACUGGUCAUUUUGUUAUAUCCCCAAGAAAAGGCGAGACUUGGGCUCUAUUCAAGAACUGGGAUAUGAAGUGGUCUUCCGAGCCAGAUUCUCACCGUAAAUACGAGUAUGAGUUUGUCGAGAUUUUGUCAGACUACACUGAUGAAGCUGGUGUAUCUGUUGCAUACUUGCAUAAAGCAAAAGGGUUUGCAAGUGUUUUCUUUCGAAUGGGAACCGAUAAUGCAGACAUAUUUCAUAUUUUACCUCACAGUUUGUAUCGGUUCUCCCAUAAGGCUCCUUCCUUCAAACUGAACGGAGUUGAAGGAAAAGGUUUACCUAAAGAUGCUUAUGAGCUGGACCAAGCUGCAUUACCUGAACCAAUAGAAGAGGUAAUCGUCCCUUUUUAUAAAGAAGCAAAGCUUACCGUUCCAAAGCCUAAGCCAGAAGCUCUCUGCUUUACUACAAAUGGUAAAGUUUUUCAAACUGGCCAGUUCUGGGCAUUUAGCGGCUAUUACGACUACGACUACAUGCCUCGGAGCUACUGUAAGAUUCAGAAGAUCACUCUCACCCAGGCAUUCAAGCAGAAAGCAGAGUAUAAACUACAUGUAUCUCGGUUAAAGCCUAGUCCUUCCCAAAAGAAUGUCAUCUUGUGGAAGGACAAGAAAAUGCCUGCUGGUUGUGGAACUUUCUUUGGGACUAAAACUUUGUCAGUAUUCUGUCCAGAAAAUGUUUCACAUCAGAUAGUGCCUCAAAUCUCCAUGGAUGGAAAUGAAUAUAUCAUUCUGCCCAAGACUGGCCAAGUGUGGGCGAUUUACAGAUGCUGGGCUCCUCACUAUGAUGUCGAAGCAUUGGAAGAACAGUACUUGGACUUUGACAUCGUCGAAGUUCUUGAUGACGCCUUGGACUUUAAGGUUUUAGCGUUGAAGCUCGCGUUGUUUCCUAGUGAAGAGAAAAAGAGAUUUUUUAGAGCAGCUGAUAGUAGGACAUGUGAUUGUGGUAACUGUGGGGAUGAGUCGGAAGUGACAUUUACAAUCCCAAAGUCGAAAAGGCUCACAUUCUCUCAUCAGGUUCCUGCUUCCCGCGUAACCAAGGAGAUAGACGGAGAGUUGCAAGAGGUUUUCGAGGUUGAUAGUAGAGCAUUACCUUCAUCGCUGGACUAUUGAGCAAAGGAUGUUGUUGUGAGGGAAGGUUUCCUUUUUGUUAGCUUUUGGUGCAUUUGGUCAGAUUCAGAAGGUUUGUCCUUGGCUAAGAUCUAAGACGCUUAAACUUUCUUAAUUUUUCUCCAUGAGUUUAUGCAUGUUUUUCUUUUGUUGGUUGGAAU